AUGAACUAUGCAAAUUUUAAAAAAUGGUUGGAAGAACAUCUUUUGUGUAACUUGCCUCCGAAUAGUGUAAUAGUGUUAGAUAAUGCGCCAUACCAUAAUACCCAGGAAGAUAAAUGUCCCACAUCCGCAUCAAAGAAGUGUGUUAUGCAGGAAUGGCUUCGGGAAAGAAAUAUUGCAUAUACUGCCUCCAUGUUGAAGCCUGAUCUUUAUAACAUAAUAAAAUUGCAUAAACCUCGUUAUGUAAAAUAUGCAAUCGAUAGAAUUAUACGAGCACAAGGACAUGAUGUAUUUAGACUCCCACCAUACGAUCCAGAUUUGAAUCCUAUUGAAACGGUUUGGGCAGCUUUGAAAUCAUAUGUGGGAGCCAGAAAUGUAGACUUUACAUUUACAUCAAUCCAGCAGCUGUCGGACGAAUUUUUUGAAACCUUUCCUGUGGAGGAGUGGAAAAAAAUAACAGACAAAGUCAUCGCAACUGAACGUGAAUUGAUAUCAAAAGAGCCACUAAUUGAUGUAGUCGUAGAUCGUAUUGUUAUUAAUCCAGACGAAGAUUCAGUUAGCGACGAUUUACACUUUUCCGACAGCUAA